AUGGCAAGGUUCCUGGGGCAGAGGAAAAAGGUUUUUGGCGUUGAGUACAAAGUUCCUGGCGGUGAGGACAAGGUUCCUGGCAGUGAGGACAAGGUUCCAAGCUGUGAGGACAGGGUUCCUGGCGCUGAGGAAAAGGUUUUUGGCCUUGAGUACAAAGUUCCUGGCGAUGAGGACAAGGUUCCUGGCGCUGAGGAAAGGUCUUUGGCGUUGAGUACAAAGUUUCUGGUGGUGAGGACAAGGUUCCUGGCUGUGAGGACAAGAUUCCUGGCAGUGAGGCCAACGGUCCAGGCCGUGAGGACAAGGUUCCCCCGGAGAGGAAAAGGUUCCAUGCGGUGAAGACAAGUUUCCUGACGCUCAUAAAAAGGUUUUUGGGUUGAGUACAAAGUUUCUGGGGGUGCGGACAAGGUUCCUGGCGCUGAGGAAAAGGUUUUUGGCGUUGAGUACAAAGUUCCUGGCAGUGAGGACAAGGUUGCUGGCGGUGAGGACAAGGUUCCAACCGGUCAGGACAAGGUUCCAACCAGUGACGACAAGGUUCCUGGCGCUGAGGAAAAGGUUUUUGGCGUUUAGUACAAAGUUCCUGGCGGUGAGGACAAGUUUCCUGGCGGUGAGGACAAGGUUCCAAGCGGUGAGGGCAAGGUUCCUGGCGGUGAGGACAAGGUUCCUGGUGCUGAGGAAAAGGUUUUUGGCGUUGAGUACAGAGUUCCUGGCGGUAAGGUCUAGGUUCCUCGCAGUGAGAACAAGGUACCAAGCGGUUAGGACAAGUUCCUGGCGGUGAGGACAAGGUUCCUGGCGCUGAGGAAAAGGUUUUUGGCUUUGGAUACAAAGUUCCUGCCGGUGAGGACAAGGUUCGUGGCGGUGAGGACAAGGUUCCAAGCGGGGAGGACAAGGUUCCUGGCGCGGAGGAAAAGAUUUUUGGCGUUGAGUACAAAAUUCUUGGCGGUGAGGACAAAGUUCCUGGCGGUGAGGACUAGGUUUCAAGCCGUGAGGACAAGGUUCCUGGCGGUGAGGACAAGGUUCCUGGCGCUGAAGAAAAGGUUUUUGGCGUUGACUACAAAGUUCCUGGAGGAAAAGCCAAGGUUCCUGGCAGUGAGGACAAGGUUCCAGGCGGUGAGGACAGGGUUCCACGCGCUGAAGAAAAGGUUUUUGGCGUUGAGUGCAAAGUUUCUCGCGUUGAGGACAAGGUUCCUGGCGGUGAAGACAAGGUUCCUGGCGUGAGGACAAGGUUCCUGGCGGUAAGGACAAGGUUGCUGGCGGUGAGCACAAGGUUCCUGGCGCUAAGGAAAAUGUUUUGGCGUUCAGUACAAAGCUCCUGGCGGUGAGAACAAGGUUCCAAGCGGUGAGGACAAGGUUCCUGGCGGUGAGGACAAGGUUCCUGGCGCUGAGGAAAAGGUUUUUGGCGUUGAGUACAGAGUUCCUGGCGGUGAGGACUAGGUUCCUGGCAGUGAGGACAAGGUACCAAGCGGUGAGGACAAGGUUCCUGGCGCUGAGGAAAAGGUUUUUGGCGUUGGGUACAAAGUUGCUGGCGGUGAGGAGAAGGUUCCUGGCAGUGAGGACAAGGUUCCAAGCGGUGAGGACAGGGUUCCGCGUGCUGAAGAAAAGGUUUUUGGCGUUGAGUACAAAGUUCCUGGCGUUGAGGACUAG